AUGUCCGCUGAUUCUUCAUGGUUGUACGUUUAUUUGUGUGAAACUAGACCUUUUGAAUUUUGCUUCAUUCCGAGAUACGUCCGCAUAUUGGACAAAGUAACACGCAUUGAUUCAAAUUGCGAUAAAGACCUUAAAGUUCAUAUUUCUGACGAGAUGUUAUGUGUCAAAGCUAUUUUCAAAAGGUCGGCCAUUGAAGAGGCUCUCAGUCUUAGGAGUGAUAAUUUUUUGAAUUUGAAUAAACUCUAUAAACACAAGAUUUUAUUAGAAAUAUAUUAUCCAUUUUACACAAAACGGCCCUUUCGAGAUUCACUUCAGUACGAAAUGAAAAUAGUUGUCUGCAAGUUUCUCAUCUGUGAGGAAGAAGUAGUAUUCUGUAGCAUGAUCAUCACACCAUAUUGCAAGUAUCAAAUGUUAUAUGAGAAAAUGAAAAAGAGAAUUGAAGAUAAUCCAGAUCUUGUCACUAAUCGUCAGUUUGGGUCCAACUAUUAUUUGGAUAUAUUUCAGGCUGUUCAACAAGCAAAGUUUCAAUGUAGGAAGGGUCUGGUGAAUAAUUGUUCACAAUUUUUUUUUGACGAUGCUCCUUGGAACAACUUACAAAAAAAUGUUCUCAAUGUACCUUGCAUAAAUUUGGCUAAGCAAGCAGAGAUGCCCACAACUUUGUCAGAUCAAGCAGGUCAAUUGAAAUCAACAGUGAACAAGAAAAGGUCUAAUAAUAAAGUUAACAAAAUAAACAUGAAUCAAGAAAUCACUAACAUGUCACAAACUAAAAACUUUGAAUUUAUAGCUCCAUCACAUUUGGUCAGCAAUGUUUUAAAAUGGAAUUCUUUACAAACAAAAUUGAACAAAGAAAAACUAUGUUUUAAAUUUAAUAAUAUUCAUAAUCAUCAGUUGUCUUCAAAUUCUAAUGCACAACAGACUGAAAACUAUGACAUUGCAACUACCCAUAAUGGCUUUAUAGAAGGCACUGGGAAUCUUAUUGCUAAUAGGAAAGAUGUGAGAACAGACUUAUCAAUGUGUUUAUCACAAGAACAGAUUAAUUCAACGCCAGUUCAUUCGCAAGACAAUCCCUGCUUCGAACCAGAUUUAAUGCCUUCUCCAUUAAUUCAGGGUCAGGAUAAACAUGUUGGCAUCUUAUUUUCGUUGCCUCUGAAACCUCUUAAAAGACAAAAGGAGUUUAUGUUUCCUGAAAACAAAAUUUUGUUAAAUUUUGGCUCUAAUGAAAAUAAUUCUUUGGGUUUUGAAGUGCCAAAGCACAUUAAAAAAUUAAACCUUGAUGAAACACAUACUGAAAAACUUCAUUUUCCUGAUGUUGUUAGUUGUAAUUUUAACAUUAAUAGCAGCAAUGCUGGUGGGCGACUGAAAGGUGACAUCAUUUCUCAAAUGACUGCACUUGAAACCAAAAAAGAUGAAAAUCAAAUCAAUAGAGGAGGUGUUUAUGUAAGUAAUGAUAAUAUCAACAAUGAUCUUUGCAUGAAAAAUAACCUCAAGCAAUCGCAUUCUGUAAAUAUUACAAUUAAAAAUAACAUCAACGAUUAUAAACACAUCAAAUUCCUUAGUGGUGCAAAUCUUUUGGGAGAGGAAUCUUUUGAUGAUCAUGUUGAAAGCAACGACAUUAUUAUGAAUGAUUUUCAUGAUACAACAUACGUUUCUUGUAAUGAAAAUGGUAUUGAAAAUUUAUCCAACAUCAACAAUACCAAUGAAGUUGUAUUGAGUGGUAAUAUUAACAAGGAUUGCAAUGGCAAUAAUGAGACUGGAUUAAAUGUUGAUACUUUUAACAGAAUAUGCGCCAUAAAAACUUCUUACCAUACUGGUACCACAGCUACUGAAAGUCUUGUUAUUUCAAGUGACAAUUAUACCUCCACAGCUAAAAAUCUUUCCUUGACUUACAUGCAAACUUGUAUCACAAAUAAAGCUUAUGCUUCCAAGAGAAUGAGUGGAUUUAAAAAAAAUUAUUGUUCUUUGCUUAAUCACCAGGAAAUCAAGUGCUUUACUGCAAAUGAAAUUUUCGAAAAUUGUGUUAAGAGACAUCCAUCAUUGCUACUUAAUAGAGUAAAUUUAAACAUGUAUCCACAAAUCGGUUUUAAUUUUCAUAAAUCUCGACAACAAAAACAAAAGUUUGAGUUAAAUGCUGUUGAAUUGCAAUGUAAGGAUAGUAAUAACACAUUUGCUGCAAUGAAUACUGAGGCUGCUAGAUACACUUCAACAACUUCAACUGUUGCUACAACUACCUCAGCUAGCGCUACAGCUCUUUCAGCUGCUGUUAGAGUUACAUCAACUGCUUCUACAACUACUUUAGCUGUCGCUACAACUACUGUUGCCAGAGCUACAUCAACUGUUGCCAGAGCUACAUCAACUACUAAUACAACAGUCUUAGUUGCUGCUACACCUACUUCAACUGCUGUUAUGGCUAUUUCAAAUGUUGCUUACAUUAAUGCAACUGUUUCUACAACUGCUUCUGCAGAUACUUCAACUGCUGCUACAGCUUUUUCAACCGCUGCUACCUCUACUUCAAUUGUUGCAUCUCUAGCUGCUGCUAUCAUUGCAACAACCGUAUUUGCUGCAACUACUACGACUCCUACAACUUUUGCAACAAUUGCAACUUUUCCUACUCUUACAACUUCUACAACUCAUACAGCUGUUGCAACUACUGCAACAUUUACAACUGCAGCCGCUACUAAACUUUCUACAUUUUCAACUGUUUCAACUGCACUCACCAAUGCUGCCGUGUUUGCAGUUUCUACAAGCACUAGUGUAUUGGCCCCUAAUGUCAGCUGGUCCGAUGUUUCUUUCAGUAAUUUUUCAAAAAUUAAACUAUCUAUUCCAACACCAGAGAUUUCAUUUCCUGUUUAUCAAAAAUGUAACAACAAAUUUUCAACAAAAUUCAACUCCUCCUAUAACCAAUCUACCGUUAAAAAGAAUAGCAUGAACGAUGAAAUGGAUGCAUCUUUCCUUGAAACACCGUUGCAGGCGUCAAGCAACAACAAACAUUAUUGUAGUGCAACAGAGACAAAUUGCAGCCACAUCAGUAUUGAUGCCAGGAUCAUGCAACAUUUACAUAACCAACAAAAGGACAUUAAUUUGACAGGGUCACUUAAUCAGUUUAGCUAUUUAUAUUGCACUACAAAUAAUGUUGAUUUUGGCGAUGCAAAAAAAACAUAA